UGGGAGUGGCUGUAUAUGAUCUACCCAGUGGCCAAAGUGAGGAGAACAGCUGAGGGGAAGACAGAGCGUCUGCUGCUGAAGGGAGCAAAGACUGAGGGCUGCAGGAUGAAGACCUUUGGAGCCUGUAUACUGCUGUGUCUCUUAUCACUUUCUUUGUCCCCAGCUGACUGGUAUCCAUGGGUGGUACAGGGACAAGAACUGGAAACUGUAACUGGUGAUCUUAACAGUGACUUUCUCAUCAGCACCUCUGCUGCAGCUGUAACACCACCCGUCCUUCUUAGCCCUGUUCAAUCUGACACUGAAACUACAACAACUGCAUCAGAUUGUCGGGAAGAGCAGUUCCCUUGCACACGCCUCUAUUCUGUUCAUAAGCCAGUGAAGCAGUGUAUCAGCUACCUCUGUGUUACCAGUGUGCGUCGCAUGUACAUAAUAAACAAGGAGGUGUGCUCUCGCAUUGUCUGCAAGGAGAAUGAGGUCAUGCAAGAUGAGAUCUGUCGCCAGCUGGCUGGCCUUCCUUCUCGACGUCUCCGCCGCUCUGGGCAGCCCCUGAAUCUCCCUUGCAGACAGCUGCUGGACCAGCAGCGCAGAAGGCCUGAUGCUCUGUAAGCUACCAACAGUAGAAGAGAAGAAGAAAGGGAGAGAAGAGAAAUCAUGAUCCACCCAGAAAAUCCACUGUGUACAACCCAAGACAAGUCCCGCUUGCUUGUGAUUCCCCCAUCAUUUCCUUGCUGCUCUGCCUUCCCCCACAUCCUCUUCUUCAGGUGCUGCUGUACACACAGUCCCCUCUCUCCUGUUCUGUCAUGGUGGCUGCUGUCAUCCACUAAAUCUGUUACUGACGAUGUGGGAUGCUCCCUUCUUUUCUCCCAAACUCUAUUUUGUAGGCCAUGAUGAGCUCAUUUCCCAGGGGUCCUUAUAACUGUGCUGCAUCUUCUCUUGCUUUGCCCCUGCAGAGACACCAGAAUGGGGACAGGAUGUAGUCUUCUCCCAUGGUACAGAUGCCCUAAGCUGAGUCUCAUGUGGAGGAGCACAAGCCUUUAUGCCCUAGAACUCUUGGCCUAGGUCUCUUGCAUGACAUCAGUAUGAGUUCUGAUAUGCUUAAUCAUCCUUGGCCUCUCCAGUCCUGAGCAACUGAGUUUGCGGUGUGGUAGCACAGUGGUAGCUGCUGGCCUCAAGGAAGUGAAAGGACUGGAACUGAGCUGUCCUCAAUCCAAGACAAACCUCAUUGUCUCUGUACGGCAGCAGUUCAUUUAUAACUACCUCUGGGAAGUUCUUUGUUUCAAACCGUUGCCUCCCUCACACACGAAUGCUACCAAAAAGAAUUCUGGAGUAAAUAUGGCAUUCUAUUUUUUCUCAAUAUGAAGAUUAUGUUUAAACAAACGCUUCCUCUCCUCCCUCCUCUCCUCUUCUCCAUUCUAUCCUUCCCCUACCACUAACAAAAUCUCUUGAUACCCAUUCCAGGCAAAUUUCAGGGAGUAGGAAAUAUGGCUGCCUCAGCUCCUAAGCUAAGAGACCUCAAGAAGAAUGUGUGUCUUGGCAGAACUAGGAACCUGGUUCUUCUGGGCUGAAGGACAGGGCAGGAGGCAAUGAAUUAGCUUGUCCUGGUGACUUGUCUUGGUGUGACUAACUCUACCCCCUCCAGUUGUUGAGUCCACUUUCAGCAUCUCUACUUGAGUUCCCACCUUCUAGUACUGGACCUCCUGCACAAAGUAGAAAGGAGUCACAAAUUGGGAAGGAAUGUGGGAGAAGAAUCACUGCCUGAGACCCUUGGGUUUUCCUGCAGGUUCUGGGCUGUGCUCUCCUGCACAGUGCCAGGUGCUGGUGGGGAGAUGGGAAUAUUUGCAGGUAAUUGAGAAUAAACGCAGGCCAACCUUGGGAAAAGAGUUCACUCUUCUAGCACUGGAUGUCUGAUCUGCUGGAGAACUUUGUUUUCCAGGUAUAUGGGCAUUUUUACUAUGAGAUUGGAUAGGGUAAGUGGGGAAGAGCAGAGCUGUCUAAAGUUUCUUAAUCACUGUAUGUGACUCACAGUGGCACAAUCACCCAUUCUGUGGGGCACCUCAGCUGAGUAGCUUAGCUCACCACUGCAGAAGUGGGUCUGGACCCUCUCUGUAGGAUCUCACACAAGUGUUUUUCCCAACUCUAACAGAAAGCCAGUUUGCUAGAAUAGGAACUCGGCCCCUUCACAUAAUACGCCGUGCUGCAGAACUGUUCAUUCAGCUUUACAGGAACAGUGGUCUGCUACACAGAGCCAGAGUAACACAAUAUGGGGGAUAGUUUGCUGUGCAGAGGCAGAAUUCAGUUUUUUAAGAGCAAAACAAUUAAAGUAAGAGCCUUUUCAUAGGACUCAGAUUUCUGCUGUAUUGAGCAAGAGGCUGUGUUACAUCCCCUGUGUAGAGAAAGAUACCCCUGUGCAGAGGCAGAUUUGUUCUAUGUAAGGACAAGAUUGGUCAUAGAUGGGCUAAAUCUCUCUAUAUCAAUCUAUUAUACAGGAGAAAGAAUUCCAAGUUAUGCAGUGACUGGAAUUCUGUCCUAUACAUAGGGGCAUAGCGCUCCUACACAGAAGAUGAUGCUGCUCUUGAGUACUUGAAACUCAUGAGACUAGGAAUGGAGGAGGAAUUUCUCUACACCGAGGAUAUGAACAUCUCUGUAAAGAGGAGGGCACUGCAAGCUUGUUCUCAAAGCCAUUCAGGUCACUGGCAGCCACUGACUUCUGUGGUGAGAGGCUUGUGGAGUUUGUCUGUGUGGAGGAAGUUAAGGUGGAGAAGAGAUGUUAGGAGCUCUUGGGAAUUGGACUAGACCAAGUCUCCACUCUGUACUUAGAGUUGAAUAUAAGCCUAUAUAGAUAUAGAUGUGUAACUGUAUAACAUAGCUACUGUACAGUAUAUAGAAAUGUUACCUUUCAUACAGUUUCGAGAGUCAUUAGAAAUCUUUCUGCUGCUUGCUUCCAGCAGAGACAGCAAGAGGCACUCCUUCCCAGGAGAACACUGUUUUAAUAUUAGAGUCCAUAUAAUGCACACAAAAAAUAUUAAAAGAAAAUUUAUUGCCUGUUGUUAUUGGCAACUCUCA